UUGGGCGGUACGCCAUAUUGGCGCGGUAAUUGUGAAAUAGAAGAGUGAUAUCUCUUAGUGAACCGACUAUUUUCGAAACUGCAACAACAUGAGGAAUGUUAAAACUAGAAAACAGGGAACCACAUUUCACAGCCCUACGAUGGAAGACGUUGACCAUUCAGGAGAAGGUAAAACUUCUGGAUGUGCUUCGGGAAGGAAAGCGUUAUGCGGACGGCGUUCGCCAUUAUGGCUUGAAUGAAUCAACAGUACGCUACAUGAAGAAGGAUGAAAAGAAUAUAAAAACAAUACACCGCCUCACAGGCCAGAGCCACAGCCUUCUCCUCUCUGCUGGGUGGAAGAACAACUCUCACGCAGUGGAAGUCCUCCAGACCCCCUGCCUUCAGACAAUAGGUUCCCUGGUUUUGGUCUACAUUCCUCGGUCCUCUACUGUGGAGUCUACCUUCUGCUUCACCUCAUUCUGGAGCCGCCCAUCCAGUCAAUCCCCCCGGUCGGAGGCGGGAGUAAACGCGGCAAAGUCCUUCUGGAGCCGCGUUAUAAGGUCCUCCGCCUCCGGACUCACUGGAGUGCCCAGUCCCUCCCAGAUCCUCCAGAAUAGCCCCUGGAGGGCGAAGAACUGGGAGAUGCAGUCGGCCGUCUUCCCUGGUGCUGCUAGGAGCAGGACCAGCACAUACGUGGUGGCCAGCGCAAAGUCCAGCGGCUGGUAUUCACAGGCUGGCUGGCACGUGGACAUCGUGGCUAGAAGGAUCCACUCCGGAUCCAACACGGCCAAGGCCACCGCCAGCCCCAUCAGUUGA